AUGGCCCCAUCAGCGAUAGAACCAGAAGUCCUCACAGAAAACAUUCCAAUCAAAGCAUGGAAUCGUCCAGCACCUACUAAAGAAGAGCUCGAAUGGGCACCCCUUGUUGAGAUUGAUCUGUCUCGGUUUGACGAACCCGGCGGCAAACAGGCUCUCGCCGAGCAACUUUACGAUGCCGUGACAAGAGUCGGUUUCUGGGUUGUCACUGGCCACGGACUCAGCGAUGAGCGUGUGCUUCGACAGUUCAGUAUCGGAAAUGCCUUUUUCAAGGAGCCCCUUGAGGAAAAGCGCAGCUUCGCUUGUAAUUUCGCCGAAGGCGAAUACUUUGGCUACCGCGAGAACGAAAGAUGGAUUGGAGAUACGGGAGUCAAGGACAACGUAGAGAUGCUCAACAUACCAAAAGCAAUUCCAGUGUGGGAUGAUCUUCCCAGGCACAGAAUAGUGCGCCAGAAUUAUGAUGAGAUCGCGAGCUUCCAUCGUGAUCUUUUCGACAACGUCAUCCGAAAGCUCUUUGUGCUGAUGGCUAUUAUUCUGGAAUUGCCGGAAGACUACUUGGUUAAUGCACACGCUUACGACAAGCGUUCUGAUGAUCACCUGCGGUACAUGAUCUACAACACUCGUACCCAAGAAGAAUGGGAUAAAGCCCAGGCUGUCACUACCGGCGGCCAUACAGACUUCGGCAGCUUGACAUUGUUGUUUUCACAGCAUAUCGCUGGUCUGCAAAUUCGGACCCCAGAAGGGGAUUGGAAAUGGGUGAAGCCCGUCGAUGGCGGCAUUACAUGCAAUGCUGCAGACACACUCUCCUUCCUCACUAAUGGCUUCAUAAAAUCUACCAUUCACCGCGUUGUCACGCCCCCCAAGGAUCAAAUUCACACACCGCGUCUUGGGCUACUGUACUUUGCCAGACCUGGAGAUGAUACUAUCAUGCGAACUGUACCAUCCCCUCUUUUGGAGCGUCUCGGACUGCUCACGGCUGAAGAACAAAAUUCAAGUGAGCCGGCUCCCACAGGGACUGAAUACGUUCGUGCUCGAGUUCGGGAUGUACAUCACCGAACCGUGAUCGAUCGAAGAGAGAAUACUUCAUUCGAGUUCAAGGGACUGAAGGUGCCAAACUACUACAAGUAG